CUUAAGUUUAGAACAUCAGAUAUGGCUCCCCCUCCGCGCCACCACCACCAUCACUCCUUACCCAUGGCGACAACAGCCUUAGUGUUGUCCCUCGUCUCCCUCGCCCUGGCAACGCCCCAGACUUACAACAACCAAGGCAACCAGGGACUUUUAGGCCAGGGGAACUUGGGCCAGGGGAACUUCAUCCAGGGGAAUUUGGGCCACGGCAACCUCAUCCAGGGGAAUUUGGGCCAGGGGACUUUGGGCCAGGGGAAUAUCGUCGGGCACAAUAAUGUGGGACAGUCGGGCUUCGGAAGCAAUGGGCAAGAUUUGUCCUUCUCGAACCCGUCGACGUUCGGGCAGACCAGCGGAGGAGGCGGUUUGCUACAGCCCACCGGGCUCAGCGGCCCUCUCAACGGCCUCUACGGCACUCCCGACGACAGUGCCAUCGUCGCAGCAGGAGGGGGAGGACAGUGCCAACCGAACCUCCAGAUCUCGGUAGUCACCUCCACCCGCCUGGUCCCCACGACGCUUAUAAGCACCCGCACGAGAGCCAUCCCGACCACCGUCUUCAGGGAGAUCACGCAGACCAGCAUCUACCCGACGACCAUCGUCAGGAGGGAGGUUAUUACGUCAGUGGUGCCGCCGGUGGUGCAGACGCAGACGCAGCUCCUGACGGAAACCAAAUACGUGACUCGCGCAAAAAUCAUCACCGACACCCAGUACCUGACGCAGACGCAGAUCCAGCAGGUGACAGCCACGGAUAUCAACACGCAAUUGCAGAUCUCGACGACGACGAGAGUCCAGGUCAUCACCACGACUGUGCAGAAUAAUAAUAUCCAGACGCAGUUCCAAACGCGCUUCCAAACAGUGACCCAAACACAGCAGGUGACCAGGACCCUCACGCAACCUGUUUACUUCACGCAAACACUCACCUCGCACUUCCCUGUUACCGAGACGCGUACUGUUGUGCAAACGCGCGUGCAACAGAACAUUGUUACUGUUACUGCUCAGGGACAGUGCGGUGGGGGCGGCGUCGCGGCUGGAGGGAUACAGGGGUAUAAUUAUAAUAACUAGAUAGUAUUUUUCAGGCAAUGUUUAUUAUUAUCAAUCUCAUUUUUUAAAGAUUUCUUAAGUUAAUUAGGUAUAUUUUAACGUGCAUGGAAUUCUGUUAUUUCGUGUCGAUGAUCGAUUGAUUUUUACAUUCAUUUUGUAUUGUCCUUCAUGUCAUUUUCGUGUAUAUACGUAAAUAAGCAGAAGAUUGUACAGAGAAAAGGAAUAACAUAUUUUUGUAUCUGUGUGGCAUCCUAGUUUUGGAAAUAGAUAGAGCUUUCCAA